CAACAGCUUCCUUCGUUCUACGGCCCUCAUGGAUCCACAAAUCCCCCUUUCUCCUCCUCCGCAUGCUCCAUAUUUAAAUCCUCCCCGGCCCGGAGCAGCAGCCUCCAAUUCCCUCUCUCCUUCCUUCUUCUCCAGGCAAAGCGCAGCAAGUGGGGGGAAGCAAGCAGUAUCGCCACGCCGCCAAAUCGAGCAAGAUUCUAGCUCACACGGAACCAAUCACGAGCCAGAGCCAUCCAUUCUCCUCUGGCUGAUUGCUGCUGCCUGUGCUGCUGUAGUACUUCUAUCGGGAAGAGGCUCUUGGGUGGGAGAGCUCCAGAGAUUUUCGCUUUGCCGCCCGUGCUUCUUUGGGAGCUCCGAGCGCGUUGCUUCUUCGUUGGUCUCUAGGUUCUUGGAUUGACCGGCGCGCGGGAGAUGUUGUCUUUGAGCUCCCCGAGAGUGUACAUGAGCAGGAAGACGCUGGAUUUGGGCCAGCUGGCCUCCUGCCGGUGCAGCUGGGGCGGCCGGGUUGGCGCGCGGCAGGUGCCCAGGCGGCGCACGCCAUGUGUUUGCUUCGUGGCCGCGCCCAGCCAGACAGGACAUGCUGCAAUCGAUGUGCCGCCAGGCACGAAUUCUAGUGCGGCAACAACGAUGCUCCCUGAGCGCGUUUCUGUCUCUUCACUGUUGGAGGUUGUGUCUGACGACUUGCUGAAGCUUAACAACAAUCUGAAAUCGCUUGUUGGUGCAGAAAAUCCAGUUUUAGUUUCAGCCGCAGAACAAAUUUUUGGUGCUGGUGGAAAGAGAUUAAGACCAGCAUUAGUUUUUCUGGUGUCCAGAGCAACUGCAGAAUUAGCUGGUUUGUCGGAGCUAACUACAGAACAUCAACGCUUGGCAGAGAUCAUAGAGAUGAUUCACACUGCAAGUUUGAUACAUGAUGAUGUCAUAGAUGAUAGUGGGAUGCGAAGAGGGAAAGAAACCAUUCAUCAGCUAUAUGGAACACGGAUAGCCGUGCUUGCUGGCGAUUUUAUGUUUGCACAGUCAUCUUGGUUUCUUGCAAACCUAGAAAACAUUGAAGUUAUAAAACUCAUUAGUCAGGUGAUCAAAGACUUUGCUAGUGGGGAGAUAAAACAAGCAUCGACUCUUUUUGACUGUGACGUCACCCUCGACGAUUAUCUGCUCAAGAGCUAUUAUAAAACAGCUUCACUGCUGGCAUCGAGCACAAGGUCUGCUGCCAUAUUUAGCGGUGUCAGCACCGCUAUCUGUGAACAAAUGUAUGAAUACGGCAGGAAUCUCGGGCUCUCGUUCCAAGUAGUUGAUGAUAUUCUUGACUUCACCCAAUCAGCUGAGCAACUUGGCAAGCCAGCAGGAAGUGACCUGGCAAAGGGAAACCUGACAGCUCCAGUCAUUUUUGCUCUCCAGGCUGAACCAAGGCUAAGGGAGAUAAUCGACUCCGAGUUCACUGACACCGGUUCCUUGUCGAUGGCGAUGGAGUUAGUCCAUAGGAGCGGCGGGAUAAGAAGGGCUCAAGAGCUUGCGAAGGAGAAAGGCGAUUUGGCUCUCCAAAAUCUGCAGUGCCUCCCGAGGAGCGACUUCAGAAGCGCCCUUGAGAACAUGGUGAAGUAUAAUCUUGAGAGGAUUGACUAGAUGGAUCCAUACACCUGGUGUCUCUGAAGAUCAGAUCAGACACACACAUGCAUGUGGGUCUACUCUAGACCAGCUUCCAUAGAAAUCCAUCUUGACAGUAUCAUGCAGAUUUUCAGAGAUGGUCGGUGAGCAUCAUAACAAGCAACAGACUUAGCCGUGUAUCCACCGCCACCUUGUUCUUACAUGUAUAAUUGCAUUCUAUUAUUUUUGCAGCUCAUGUAACUGCAAGGUAAAUACAUAUAGCUUUUUUCCUUUUCUUACAGUGGUGAAAGAAAAUCUUGUAAUUUCAUUUACCAUUGGAGUACUAUGAAUAUGAAUUGACAUGCUUAAUUAUAUAGCCCAGCACAUUGUAAAA